CAAGCAGCCCCAUUCAAAACAAAUUCACUUCUUGCACUUGCAUCUUUAACGAAAAACAAUUCUGACAAUGCGCUUUACUCUAGCUACUGCUUUUGCCAUCCUUGCUGCUACUGCUGCUGCCAACCAGGCUGGGCCUGUUGACAACGAUAUCUCGACGCCUUCCAACGAUCAGGCUGGUGGAAUUAUUGAGCCUCUCGUCGAGACUACCGAGGAAUACGAUGAGGAGGAUAACCAGCGCGGCGGUCGCGGUCGCGGCAGCGGUCGUGGAAAGGAUUUCCUUAGUGAUCUGGGUGUCGAGCUGAUCGGCACUGGUGUGGAGUCUGGCCUCAACGCUGCCAUCUACAACCAGCGUGGUGGUCGCGGUCGUGGCAGCGGCCGUGGAAAGGACUUCCUCAGCGACCUGGGUGUUGAGCUGAUUGGCACUGGUGUGGAGUCUGGGCUCAAUGCCGCUAUCUACAACAAACGCAGUAUCGAUUAUGAUGAGGAGUACGAUGAGGAUGAUAACCAGCGCGGUGGUCGCGGUCGCGGCAGUGGCCGUGGAAAGGAUUUCCUUAGCGACCUGGGUGUCGAGCUGAUCGGCACUGGUGUUGGUGCCGGUCUUGAUGCUGCCAUCUACAACCAGCGUGGUGGUCGUGGUCGUGGUAGCGGCCGUGGAAAGGAUUUCCUGAGCGACCUGGGUGUUGAGCUGAUUGGCACUGGUGUUGGUGCCGGUCUGGAUGCUGCCAUCUACAACCAGCGUGGUGGCCGCGGUCGUGGCAGCGGUCGCGGCAAGGACUUCCUGAGCGAUCUGGGUGUUGAGCUGAUUGGCACUGGUGUGGAGUCUGGCCUCAAUGCCGCUAUCUACAACAAACGCAGCAUCGAUUAUGAUGAGGAGUACGAUGAGGAUGAUAACCAGCGCGGUGGUCGUGGUCGCGGCAGCGGCCGUGGAAAGGAUUUCCUUAGCGACCUGGGUGUCGAGCUGAUCGGCACUGGUGUUGGUGCCGGUCUUGAUGCUGCCAUCUACAACCAGCGCGGUGGUCGCGGUCGCGGCAGUGGUCGCGGCAAGGAUUUCCUCAGCGACCUGGGCGUCGAACUGAUUGGUACUGGUGUGGAGUCUGGCCUCAACGCUGCUAUCUACAACCAGCGCGGCGGUAAGGGUGACGGCAACGGCAAGGAUAACAGCCAUGGAAAGAGGCCUAUCCGCACUGGUCCUAUCCGCACUGGUCCUUUCAACCCUCCCUUCUACAACUUGCCUGAGGUCUACUUCUAA